AUGAAAUGUUAUGAUAAUAAACCAGCUUCGUAAUCUUAUUAAUUUCUUGAUAAAUUAGGAGAAGGUUCCUUCGGGUAUAUAUGGAAGGUCAAGCAAAUCUCAACUGGCCAAAUAUACGCUUGUAAAUUAGUAAAGAAUUCAAUGAAGAAGGAAAAAACCUUACUUUAAAGGGAAAUAAAGAUCCUUCAUUUACUUAAAGGAAAGAAAGGUUUCACUUAAUUAAUCACUUCAGGGUAGGAUCAUAAGAACACCUAUUUUAUAAUGAAUUUGCUUGGAGAUAAUUUAGAACAGGUGAGAAUAAAAUGUGGAAAAUUAGAUACUACAACAAUAUUGAACAUGGGUUAAUAGAUGAUUCUCUUGCUUAAGGAACUACAUAGCUCGAAUAUAAUUCACAGAGAUAUAAAACCUGAAAAUUUUGUGGUUCAUUAAGAGAAACUGCAUUUGAUUGAUUUUGGACUAUCAAAAUUGUUUAUUUAAGACGGAAAGCACUUAGAAUUCCGAGAAAAUAAAGGCAUGAUAGGGACAGCUCGUUAUGCUUCAAUAAAUGCUUUGAAGGGAAAUGAAUAAUCAAGGAGAGACGAUCUUGAAUCGGUUGGUUAUUUACUAAUUUAUUUAUUCAUGGGGACUCUACCGUGGAAUAAUAUCAUGGCAGAAGACAAGAACAUUAAAUAUUACAAGAUUUAGAGAAUGAAAGAGGCAUUUAAACCCGAAACUUAUAUAAAUUUGCCACCUGAACUCCCUAAAUACAUGGAAUAUGUUAAGCGUUUGAAGUUUGACUAGAAGCCUGAUUAUGAUUGCUUGGAAAACAUGUUCAAGAAAGGAGAAGACUUUAAUAGAAGUCCUAAACUAUAAAUUUAAUAAAGUCAUUUAUAAAUUAAAUCAAAUUUAUUGCAUUUAAAAAGCGUUGAAAGGGCUCAAUGUUUGACCUCUAGAAAAUCAUUAAAUCAAUUAGAAAACACAAGCAGAAGAAUAACAUUUGAGGAUCUAAGUUCAGCUGGGGCUGACAUUAUUGAAGAACUAGAUAAGGACGAAGGCAUAACAUUAAAGAAUUUAUCAGUUGGCAUUAAAUAGCCACAAGUAAUAAAUAGAAUAAACAAAGUGAGAACAGGGUCAGAUCAGAUAUUUGAAAUAGAAAAUAAAUUAAAGUCCAACUAAUUGCCAAUUUCCUUAAAAUAAUUAGAAUGAUAUCUUUUACAAUAUAUGUAAUAACGAUGUAUCUAAUUUACUAAA